GUGUGUGUGUGUGGGAGGAGAAAGAAAACCAAAGAAAGCAAACUGCACGGUGGGUUGAAGGAUGCUCAGAUAACCACAAACCCUACAGUUUGCACAUAAAGACUUGGCCAGUUGCAUCGGUUUUUAUCACAACAUUACUAUUGUAAUUAAACUUUGUAAGCAUCGUGUAUACUCAAGCAUUCUCAAUGGUAAGCCUUAGCACAGUGUUGCAUGCAAGUGUGUGUGUGUGGUCACAGAGUUGGGUGGGUAUUUAAGUACCUGAGCAAGGUUGGUAUUCCUGACUUGCUUGUGGUUUUUGGUGCAAAUGUGUUACUAUACAUUUAGCCACUACAAUCUUCAUUGACAGUGUGUUAAUUUUGUUUCCAGUGAUUAAAUCAGGCAUACUGUGUUGUGAUUAACUAAGUGGAGCAAAAGAGCAGCAACAGUUAAACAGCUUGCAUGAGAGGGGACUUUAAAACAACGUAUACAACGAACAUGGUUGAAUAAAAACAGACAUUGAUUUAAUUUGCUGAGAAAAAAGUAAAGCCUUUCAUUUAAAGCAGAAAACCAAUAACAAAAGUUAUAGUUACUGAACAGAUUAGGUGAUUAAGAAAACAGACAUAACCUGCAACUGAUGAAAUAGCAGAACGUGACAAUUAAUUACAGGUUUAUCUGUGUAAAUGAUACAAUUGUGCACGCACAAAACCGUAGAAAUAAGCGCGGUCCUGUGGUUUGUGCCAAUGGUUUACAUUUACCUCCUUGAAACUACAUCCCCCAAGCUCCUCUGCUGCGCCUGCGCAAAACACACAAUGGCCCUAGUAGGCGUUGGACCGAAGAUGCAAUGCACUUUAGCAGCAUCAGUACCAACCCAGUUGUGCAAAUAAGACUUUACGAGGAAACGGUUGAAACAACUUUUAAUAAUACUGUGCAGCCCAGAAUUGGUUCGUUGGGCCGGCAAGAUGAGUGAACAGAAGGAAUCCCUUAGGAAGAUCACCACAACCCUAGCCCUGAAGAAUGAAGAAAUUCAAAACUUUGUCUGUUGUCUCAAACAGAGCUUAGAGAACCUGGAGAUGAACUCGAACCGCGUGCAGGAAGACAUGGAGGCGGAGUUCACCUCCCUGCACUCCGUCCUGGAUGAGCUGAAGGAAGGAAUGGUCACGCGUAUAAAACAAGAGAGGGCCAGUCGCACCUACGAACUACAGAAUCAGCUGAGCGCCUGUUCUAAGGCCCUGGAGAGCUCUGAAGACCUCCUGGAGCAGGCCAAUCAGACGCUCUGCUCUGCUGAAACAGAGGAUUUUACCCAGGCGGCCAAAGACAUUAAGGAUAGCGUGACAAUGGCCCCAGCCUUCCGGCUGUCUCUGAAAGCAAAGGCCAGUGACAACAUGAGUCACAUGAUGGUGGAUUUUACCCAAGAAAGGGAGAUGCUACAGGCCAUUAAAUUCCUCCCAGUGCCCGCGACACCCGAGAUCCAGGUGUCAGAGUGCCAGGUGUGUGACAACACGGUAACGGUGCUGUGGACCCUUCCGGAACCGGACACCAAGAUAGACCACUACGUGCUGGAGCACCGGCGCACCAACCACGAGGGGCCCCCCCGCGUCCGGGAAGACUACCCCUGGAUGGUGGUGGAGGGGAUCCGCGAGAUGGAGCACAUCCUCACAGGGCUUCGCUUCGACACUCGCUACAUCACGUUUCGCGUGAAGGCGUGUAACAAGGCCGUGGCAGGGGAGUUCUCUGAACCGGUAACUCUAGAAACACACGCGUUUGUGUUCAAGCUGGACGCCGGCUCGUCCCAUCAGAACCUGCGUGUGGAGGACCUGAGCGUGGAGUGGGACAGCUGCGGGGGCAAGGUCCAGGAGAUCCGCAAGGACAAGAACCGCACCAACUCCCCCAUGCACUCCCCUGCCAGGACCGCCAUGAUGUCACCCAAGAGAGCUCCAUCUGCCAGGGUCGGCAGAGAUAGGUUCACUGCUGAGUCCUACACUGUACUGGGAGACACCAUGAUCGACGCGGGCCAGCAGUACUGGGAGGUCCGCUUCGACAAGGAGAGCAAGGCCUUUGCGGUGGGCGUGGCCCUGCGUAACCUGGGCCGCUUCGACCAGCUGGGCAAGAGCAGCGCGUCCUGGUGCAUCCACCUGAACAACUGGCUGCAGCAGAGCCUGACUGCCAAGCACAACAACAAGGCCCGCACCCUGGACUGCCCCAUCCCCGACCGCAUAGGGGUCUACUGCAACUACGAAGAGGGCGUGUUGUCCUUCUACAACUCCAGAACCAAGCAGCUGAUGCACACCUUCAGAGCCAAGUUCCAGCAACCCGUUAUACCUGCUUUCAUGGUGUGGAACGGCAGUUUCUCAGUGCAAACGGGGUUGCAGGUUCCCAGCGCCGUGCAGAGCGGCCAGAGGAAGAACAGUGGCACCAGCAGCUCCAACGCCAGCCUCACCUAGACCCGCAGUCUUCCCGCCCCGGCCCCAGCCUUAGUCCUGGCCCCAGCCCCAGGCAGAACUGCUGCAGAACCUUCCCCUAAACCCUGGCUGCCUAGCCUUGGAGCGCACCCGGCAUCAGCACCAGCCAUCCACCACUGCUGACCUCCAUCUCCUCCACCUCUCCCUCCCCCUCUACCUCCCCCCUCUCCCUC